AGGUGACGGGAAAGACGGUUUUCGCAAGAAAAGAUUCAUACAAUAAUGUCUUCGUCAACAUUGGAAGCCUAAGGUCCUCUCUCAGAAUUUAUAAUUCUUGGGUAAAGGGGAAAGCCUAGGACCUCUUUCAAGAAAAGACUCAUCUUCGUUCGGCCGUUCGAAAGCCCUCACAUUACUAGACGCGUUCCCAACCCUUGUACUCUCGUGCCCUACAAGCUUUCCUCUUCUUUUCAAAUUCCCAAAUUCGCCAAAUCGGUAAAUUUUGCAGAUUCUUCAUCUCAAAUUGACGCCAAAUCCUCCGAAAGAACUGCAAAAAUGAGAAGCGGGUCAUCUGAAACCAAGUUUUUGCAAGAACUGGUUCUCUACGCCGCAAGCGCAGCUUUGAGCUGUUUGGUUUUGUUCGCGGGGCUCCGACAUCUUGACCCCAACCGCGAAGCGUCCAAGAAAGCAGUCGAACACAAGAAGGACAUUGCAAAGCGUUUGGGCCGACCUCUCAUCCAGACCAAUCCCUAUGAGGAUGUUAUAGCCUGUGAUGUAAUCAAUCCUGACCAUAUUGAUGUAAGAUUUGACUGUAUUGGAGGAUUGGAAGCCAUUAAACAAGCAUUGUAUGAAUUAGUUAUUCUUCCAUUACGAAGACCCGAGCUGUUUUCUCACGGAAAGCUUCUUGGUCCCCAAAAAGGUGUCUUGUUGUAUGGACCCCCUGGGACUGGGAAGACUAUGCUUGCCAAAGCAAUUGCAAAAGAGUCUGGAGCUGUGUUUAUCAAUGUGAGAAUAUCAAAUCUGAUGAGCAAAUGGUUUGGGGAUGCACAAAAACUAGUCGCUGCUGUCUUUAGCCUGGCGCAUAAACUCCAACCGGCAAUUAUUUUCAUUGAUGAGGUGGAUAGUUUUUUGGGCCAGCGCAAGACUACAGACCAUGAAGCACUUACUAAUAUGAAGACAGAAUUUAUGGCUUUGUGGGAUGGUUUCACCACAGACCAUAAUUCUCGGGUGAUGGUACUUGCUGCGACUAAUCGUCCAUCAGAACUUGACGAAGCAAUUCUCCGUCGUCUUCCUCAAGCAUUUGAAAUUGGAAUUCCUGAUCACAGAGAGAGGUCACAGAUACUGAAGGUGAUUCUGAAGGAUGAGAGCGUUGAAGAUGACAUUGAUUACGACCAUAUAGCUGGUCUUUGUGAUGGAUACACAGGCUCGGAUCUUCUUGAGCUCUGCAAAAAAGCUGCUUACUUUCCUCUCAGGGACCUGCUCGAUGAUGAAAAGAAUGGACAAUCAUCUUCGGUGCCAAGGCCAUUAUCGCAGUUGGAUUUGGAGAAAGUCAUCUCUAAAACAACGAAGACGAAAGUUGCUGCAAGUGAAUAUUCCCGAUUAAGCUCACAAUCAUCAACGUGGCCAGGGCAUAGAGAUUCAGACAAUUUUCAGGUUCAAGCAGCCAUUAAUGAGCUAUCUAAGCUCGUGGUUUCCCAAAUUUUGAACAUUCAGCCAGAGUCCCAAGAUCCUUGAUUGUUAUUUCCUGUCCUCAAAAUCUUGUUGCUUGUAUAACUAUGCAAUUAACUUAAUUAUUAUGGGGUUUUGUGAACCCUUUUUGACAUGAGAUCAACCCUAUUAGCAAUUAGCAUCUCCUAAUUCAGGUUUUCGUUAAUCCGUGCUUGGUCUUCAUUUUUCCAAAAA